AUGUCGUAUUUUUUGCUAAUAUUCCUUAUUUUUUUUCAAUUACAGAAAAACUAUGCAGAAGGAGAAAUGACAUCGAUGCCUCCUCCAAUCGAUACUGGAGAUGGAGUAACAGGAAUAAGUAUAUUAACAACAACAAAAGGAACUCCGUGUUUGGUACCACUGACAGCACUCCCAGGAUGGUUUAUAGUUACAUCUAUCUUACACGAAAUUAUUCGAAGUUUCUGA